AUGGUUACUGACAAGUCGUCUGCCCAGAAUGAUCAGCAGCACAAGAAGCUUCGCCAAAGGCUUGAGGACGAACUUUCUUUUAGGAACAGUGAACUGGAGGCCGCUGACUAUGACUGGUUUGUGCGUUCUUCGGGCUCGUCUAUUGCACCACUAAAUUCUCUCAAACCUCCUGGGGUCACAGAUGGCGCCAGCCAGAAAGCUGCCCCUUCUGUGUCUGCGAACAGAUCAAAUGCUACAUCCCUCUCGGUUGGGUUGAAACGUUCAAAAACGAACGAUCUUGGGUCUCUUCCUUCUACAGAAGAUCAUAAAGAGCAUACUGAUCCUGCUGCUCUUUCAAAGCUUACGAGAACGGCAACUAAUGUCACUCUUUCCGAUGUUUCUACUCCCACAGGUCAUUCGGGCAUUCUUGGUACAUCUACCGGUACAGGCCGUCCUAGAUCUCGCUCCACAAAUCCCGAUAUAGGAUAUCCUUUUCCUUUGUCGGAAGAUUCACAUCCCACGCAGCACAGAAAGGAAGCUAAAGGUAGCUUCUUUAAAAGGCUGUUUGGAAAGAAGGAGGAGACAAAACAUUUCUCUUCUUCAAGAAAACCUUCCUUAGUCAUUUCUCCAACCUCGGCUAUUACACCUAUAUCUAUUCCGUCAACGGAAAAGCGCGCAUCCAUAUCGUCCGUACCUUCAAAGUUGUCGCCUUCAAGUUCCGCCACUAUAACCGGCUCAGGAGCUGCUUCUGAAGAUAUGGCAAGCGAUUCUUCUGUUUUGUCUAUUCAAGGCAGAAAGAUUGCAUCAAACUCCGAAUCCAGCUCGACUAUUCAAUCUGCCGAUUCUUCGGCUGCUCCUUCGUCCACAUCCGAAACACUUUCGGAUCAGUAUAAGGAUAUUGAUCCUUUAUUGGCGCGAUACCUACGUGAUAUAGAGGCUGCUUCUAAUGACAGUAGCUUGCACAAAUGCAUUUCAUCCGAUUUAUCAAGGAUAUUCCGCCCCGGAGCACAUUUUCACUUGAAUUAUAAAGGCGGAGUAAUUCCUCCCCAUCCUGAUCAACCUAAGCUCUCCUCUGCCUUUUCAAUGAAUCCUCGAUUUGGUGGCUCUAUAGAGCUGGAGUUGUUUGAGAAAUCCAAACGCGAAAGGGCCCAGUCAAAGGAGUCGGCAGGUGUUUUUGGCAGCUUGUUGAGACGACAGAAGUCUAAUCCCACCGAAAAUGCCUUGAUGCGUGUCAUGUGUAACGAGAGCGAGGCUUCACCUCCGUUAAACUUCAAACAUGUGCCUUAUGUCAAACCUCCUCCUAAAGUGGAAUUGAAACCCCCUAUGGAACCGUUAAGAGAUGUUAAACCUCUGAAGAAAGUUGCCUUUGCAACUACCACUUUUGUCAAUGAUCCACCUCAACAAAUCCCUUCGAGACAUCCUCGUAAAGGUAAUGUUGAGAUUGGACCAAGCGGCGAGUUAAUUAUCCACAAGAUCACUGCGGAGGAUAAAGCCCACUCUACGUGUGGCAUUGUUGUGGGGGGCUCCGGUCAUUUAAAAUUGAUGAGUGAGAUGAACCCGGAAAAUAACCCAGAUAACGAAAACAGAGAAGUGGCCGAUAAGAUAUCUGAUUCGGAGUCCAGCACCUCUACAUCUCCUGCUGCCCCGGUUAUGUCCAGAACUCCUUCCGAUCACACAAUUAGAGAAGAGGAUAAAAUUCUGGCCGCAGAGAAAGCAUUACAGAAUGCCGGUGCCCACGCUGACGAGAAUACGGAAGGAAAUCUGAGGAAAGACAAAAUUAUGAUUGAUACUCCGAUGGUUCGUCGCAGGCGACAGAUGGAGAAGCCGGUGGUUACUUUGAAGAUCGAUGAGUUGUAUACUCGGUGCUGCCACCUCAGGGAGAUAUUACCUAUUCCAGCUACUUUAAAGCAGAUUCCUAAGGGUUCGACAGAUCCUAUUCCUGUGCUACGGUUAAGAAAUCCGAAGCCUUCAAUGAUUGAGAUUCUCUCGUUCACAGAUUUUAUUAGAAUUGCUCCUAUUAUAUGUCUCUCGUUAGAUGGUGUGUCUUUGACGCAUGAGAUGUUUAGGUUGAUUCUCUCGUCUUUACUGUACAAAAGGUACUUGGAAAAGCUUUCCCUCAGAAACACCCCUAUAGACGGUGACGGUUGGAAGAUGCUUUGUUGGUUUGUAUCCAUGAACAAGGCUCUGAAAAGAUUGGACAUUACACAGUGUCCUGCUCUCAGCGUUAAUACGCAAAAGGUACACAAACAUAAGAAGAAGCCCAACGUCGCUGAGCUUCCUCGAAUGAUUUGUAACAUGGAGGAUAGAGGCGAUAUGGACUGGCCUUUACUGACAGCAUCGAUUAUUUAUCGUGGAGGUAUUGGAGAGAUGAUUCUUUCCGGUUGUAAGAUUAGAGAUAACAGGAUGUUCAGGAGCCUUCUUCAUUUAGGCCUUUCACACACUCGAAAGCUUGGACUUGCCUACAACGACCUCAAUCUAUCACAAUGCGAGAUCGUGGCGCAAUGGAUGCAUGAAAAUAAGGAUUGCACUGGUAUAGACUUGGGUUACAACGAUAUGUCCAAUAAUUUGAGGCCAUUCAUCGACUAUGCACAAUCGGCCCGCUUGCAUGACCAACUUUGGAUGUUGUCGCUUAACAGUUGCAACUUGAUCGAUUCACCGGAAGCCGAGCAGAUGUUCAACUCCUUCUCAAAGCUUCAGCAUCUCAAGUACUUGGACAUUUCGAACAACAGCAAAUUCUUCCGCACUUUUGUGAACAAACUUUUUGCCUAUCUCCCCUUAUUCAGCGAGUUAGUCAGAUUGAAUUUUGAUGACAACGGCUUAGAUUCUAUGUCCAUGAUCAAACUCUGCGAAUGCUUGCCUCUUAUGGCCCAUCUUAACUAUAUUUCCAUUAGGGGAAACAAUAUGGAUGAAUCUGUCUGUAUUGCUUUGUGUAGAUCAUUACAAAGCUCGACAUCUAUAUUUACACUUGAUUUUGAUAGGGACUCUGUGCCGGAGCGGUUUCAGCGCCGAUUUGGUCUUCUCACCAUGAAGAAUAUGGAGCGCACACUUUACGACGAUAAUAAAGACAAUAAGAGUACAUUCCUUGGAAUUCUUGGUGAAACUGAAGCAGACGAUAUUAGGAAAAGUCUUAACAUUCCAGAUGGAGUUAGUUUCGGUGAGGCAUUGAUAGAUGUCAUUAAGAAAGGGGAUUCUUUACCGCCUGGAGAGGUGGGUAAGUAUGUGAGUGUGGCAGCACGCCUUCGAGUUAAGAUGAAGGAGAUGAUUUCAGAGCUCAUGAAGUUGCACGUGAUAGGGAAGCUUUCGAUCGAGGGUAAGGAGCUCUUAAUCAGACUUAUAAACUUUGACUCGUCUAUCUCCAAGGGCAUCGAGUUGACUGACUCUGUUCACUUUGGUAAGAAAAAGUCCGCAGAUACUUCAUCUAUGGCUGCAAAAGAGUUGUUUGAUAGGAUGUUUGAGAAUGAGAGAACGCUGCCUUCUUCCUCUCCGGGAGCUAGAGAGAACGAGGCUAUUGAAAUUAAGUCCGAUGACACUGAUUUACCUACUUCUAUGUCUCCUGAGGCUGUUGAGGCAUCAUCGGCCAUGAUUUCUGCGGAGGCAAGAGCUUUCAAGGCUCAUGCCGACAAUGGUACAUUGGGUUUCAAAGAUAAGGUGAAAUCCGCCGUUUCCGCUUACUACGGCGCAUUAUCGCCAGAGAAUAAAGAGAAGUAUAAGAGGGUGAUGAUGCAUACGCAUGAUGCAUUUGAAGUUGUAAGGCUUUUGAAUGGACUGAAAGCGAAGGGUGUUUGCUUAUCAGAUCUUUAUAGGAAACGGCCUGAUAAUACUGUUGUCAAUACAAAGGCUAAUGCCAGGAAAUCUGGUAUGACUGUUGUUGAAAAUAAGAAUGCGGCAUCUGGCGAAGAAACUGAUGAGGCGAAAGAGGAAGAGGACGGAGCAUUUGGAGAUGGGCUCUCAGAUAUGAUGAACGCUGAUGAAUCCUUUGAGCACCAUGAUGAUAUGAUGGUGCUAUACGACAAGGUUUUGAAGGAUUUGGUUGAUGAGGCGAAUAAGAGAAGGCAAGGAAAUGCAGAGAAGACAGCAUUGGCUGCAACAAAUUCUGAUUGA